CAGGCAGAGUGCGUAUCACACAAAACAUAUCUGUGACCCGCGUUCUGUCAGUGUCUCGUGUCAGCAAGACAUGCCUUUGUCGACACACCAUGCCAAAGACUUUACAGAUUCAGCGACACUAAAAAAUAUCACUGCGAUUGUGAGAAAUUAUGCAAGAGCCAGCUGCACCAAGUACUUUAUGGAACGUGGAGACGGCAUACAGAGCUUUGAGGUGCAGAUACGAAGGGAAUGUGUUCUAUGAAGAAAAGAAUGCAUACUGAUAUUCGUAGGUCUCUGGAUCUGGACCCACAACCUGUCCAGCAGGAUGAACAGAAUCGUGAUGCUAGUAUAGAGUUUAUCCCUACAGGUGAACCAUUUCGCAGGUUACGACGCCUCUGGAGACGUUCCCGAUACAGCGACAACUGUCCGCCCUCUCAUCUCACCUCCUCAACAUAUGUGGACGAGCGUGUCCUUAUGGAGGAUGUUUAUACACACGUGAAGCGUAAUAACCUUUGUCACUUUCUUACGUUUGUCUCGCAGACACAAACAGUCAGUCUAGACGACGAAGACGCCGGGCUGAGCACAGAAGCAAUCACACGGCUCAAAUUCCCACUGCCGCCGUCAAGCUCUACCUUCCACAUUCAGCUUCGGACAAGCAUGCACAAGAUAAUUAUCGAGCUUCACGGUUGGGCGCCGGCGUUCAACGCUAUGUCUCGCAAUGCUGUCGACGUCGUUUUUCGAAAUGGCUAGAUACAGAGCAUACAAUCACGCAUAUCGUUCAAACUAGCAUGUAAUUUUGUGCGUUCCAGGCGUAGGGACAUGUACUUCAUCACCUUACAUCACGACGACCGAUCGAACUCGCACUUAGCAGCAGUCAAGACAUUAAUGAAUUCUUAAAAGUAGUUCCGUUCAUGAAUGAUGACUCAACCCACAAUGCGGCCUUCGGCACAGAAUGCAACCAGCUUAUCCCCCACUAGUACUCAGACACGUAUGUAUAUUGCUAAAG